GAAGCAGGGCACUGCCAUCAAUUUAGACUUCUCCAAUGUGUUGCAGGGCCUGCCCACUGGAAGGAGGUUUUUCCUGUUGCUAAUGGAGACCGUCAGUCACCUAUCGACAUCAAAACUGAGGAAACGAAGUAUGAUCCCUCUCUCCGUCCUCUAAAUCCAAAUUACGAUCCGGCUUCUGCUAAGAUCAUCCUUAACAAUGGGCACUCCACCAGUGUUGAGUUUGAUGACACCGUCAACAAAUCAGUGCUGACCGGGGGACCACUCAGCGGGACCUACAGGCUGCGCCAGAUUCACUUCCAUUGGGGGUCCAAUGACGAAGCCGGCUCCGAGCACGCAGUGGAUGGGAUGAAGUACGCAGCAGAGCUUCAUGUGGUCCACUGGAACUCAGAAAAGUAUUCCAGUUUUGUUGAGGCAGCUCGUCAGCCAGAUGGGUUAGCAGUCAUGGCUGUAUUUCUGAAGAUUGGUGAAUGCAACCCUCAGCUGAAGAAGAUUACUGACCGCUUGGACACCAUCAGAAUCAAGGGUAAAAGAGCACUAUUCACAAACUUUGAUCCUAGCUGUCUGCUUCCCAAGUCUCUCGACUACUGGACUUACUUUGGCUCUCUCACUGUUCCACCUCUUCUUGAGAGUGUCAUCUGGAUUGUUCUGAGAGAGCCCAUAAGUGUUUGUUCUGAACAGCUAGCCAAAUUCCGCAGCCUCCUGAGCACUGCUGAGGAUGAAGUCGCCUGCUGUUUGCUGAGAAACUACCGGCCUCCCCAGCCUUUAAAGGGACGAGAAGUCAGAAGGAAUUAG